AUGGCUCUGCGCCUCUUCCUGCCACUGCUGCUGCUGGCUGCUACCCUCCUCAUUGCCCAGGCUCAAGGUAUUGGCACCUCAGCCUCGGACUGCUGCCUAAAGAACAGCGAGAAAGCCAUCCCCAGCAAAUGGGUGAAGUCCUACAGCCUCCAGGGACGUGAGUCGGGAUGUACACUGCAUGCCGUUGUCUUUACCACCAAGAAGAACAGGAAAAUUUGUGCCUCUCCCACCGACCCUGCUGUCCAGAAGCUAAUGCAGAACCUGGACAAGAAGAUGAAAAAUGACAAGAAGGACAAGAAGGACAAGAAGAAGGGACAGUCCUCGCGUCCCAGGGGCAGACCCAAGCGGCAGAAGUGGCAGCAGGUCUAA